UAACCAUAUGCUUAUACCUGCUUGUGGGUAUAUAUUUUCUUUCAUCUAUAUAUCAUGACGCAAGUGGUAGGCACCAAAAUUAUUUCCUGCCCCCUCCGUCCCUCUCUCUCUCUCUGUCCGUGUUUGGUAUGUGCAAACCCAUAGCUCUCCUCAAGGCAGUUUAAUCUUCUUCAUCCUCUCUCUCUGUCUCUCUCUCUGCGAUAUGUGCAAAGCCACAGCCCUCGUCAAGGCAGUUUAAUCUUCUUCGUCCUCUCUCUCUCUCUGAUAUGUGUAAACCCACAGCUCUCGUCAAGGCAGUUUAAUCUUCUUCGUCCUCUCUCUCUCUCUGUGUGUUCGUGUGUGAUAUUUGCAAGCCCACAGCCCUCCUCACGGCAGUUUAAGCUUCUUCUUCCUCCUCUCUCUCUCUCUCUGUGUGUGUGUGAUAUGUGCACACCCACAACACUCCUCAGGGCAGUUUAACUUCUUCCUCUCUCUCUCUCUCUCUCUCUGUCUCUCUCUGUGAUAUGUGCACACCCACGGCCCUCCUCAAGGCAGUUUAAUCUUCUUCUUGCUCUCUCUCUCUUUCUCUCUCUCUCUCUCUCUCUCUCUCUCUCUCACACACACACACACACACACACACACACACACACACACAGACGAACACAAGGUUAGCUCCUAAUUUUAAGAAGCUGCGCAGGCAGGCGCGGACGGUGUCUUCUCUUCCCAACUUGCUUACGGAUCCUGUUUUAAAACAACUGUCGUGUUUUGCUAAUGAGAAGAAGUAGCAAAUCCAAUAAUAGGCUGCUCCUUCGCAUCUCCCUUACUUUCUUAGAUCAUCAGAAAUGGCAACUGAAGAGAAAACCGAAGGAAGCAGCUCCAGCCCCGAAUUAUCAAAGAAAUUUCCAUUCAUGUUUCUGGAAAAAAUUACGAAUUGUUUCUCCCAAAUAUUCUGUAAAGAUCCAUUUGGAACAGUUUAUAAGGGAACUCUGCCAGAUUCUAACAAAAAGAUUGCUGUGAAGAAACUUGAGCAAAGCGAAGAAAUUCCACGUGACGAUUUUGAGAAUCAGGUUCAGAGUAUUGUGGGGCUUAAACAUGAAAACAUUGUAGAGUUGGUUGGGUUCUGCAAUGAAACACACCAGAACAGUACAGAAAGGUUACUCUGCUAUGGAUUUGCUCCCGAUGAGAACCUUCAACAGCAUCUUUUUGGGACUGAAGAGACGGAGGAUUCUUCUUCGACUGAACCUAGUAACAACUGGAACACAUGCUUCAAAAUAAUCAAGGGGAUUUGCCAGGGUUUACUUUUUCUACACAAGCAGUUAGAUAAUAAUCCCAUUACCCAUAUGGAUCUUAACCUGAAAAAUAUAUGGUUGGAUAAAACAAUGGUGCCCAAAAUUGCCAAUGUUGAACUCUCCAGAAUCUUUAGCCAUGAACAGAUCACAAAGGAAUCAUGUGGAUACAUGGCUCCAGAAUAUAUAAACGACACUCGCAAUGCCAUGUCAUUUCAAACAGACAUAUAUAGUUUAGGUGUAAUGAUAAUACAAAUCACCACAGGGGAGAAGAGUCGUGGCAAAAUGGAGGACCGUGCCUCAAGGAGUUACAUUGAUAAAAUACGUAGAAAGUGGACAGCAGAACACAUAGCAUCCAAGUACUCAUCGUUGGAUUCAGAAUGCCUCCAUCAAGUACAUGCAUGCAUAAAAACUGGGCUAGAAUGUGUGCAGAUUGAUCAGAAAAAUAGGCCUUCCAUAGAGGAAAUUGUUGACAGGCUCAACACAAUCUGAAAGGCAGAUGAGCUAUGGAAGCAGAGUGACACAUGUUUUGAGAUGAUCUAAUUUCACAAAGAUGCGGAGAAGACGCUUGGUAGUCUUUUUGAAGGCCAUGUUUGACAAAUCCAUUGUUGAAUAUACUCUUGUGUAUAUUCAAUCUGUACCGGUAUAUUCCCUAAAAACACAAACAUGUCAUGUUCAAUUAUGUUUGUAUCAUUUUACUUCAAACUUGUGCAUACUUACAUUUGAA